AAAAUACAACGAUUUUCAAACAUAGCUAUCGACAAACAGAAGAAAAAAAAAAAAAAAAAGAAGCAGCAAAAAACCAUCUUGUUCUUGCCCUCUAAUUCUUAUCUCCUAAACCGAAACUUCCAUUUCUGUCCUCUUACCUUAGUGCAAAUCGUUAUUUAUAUAUCCCAAUAACAUUAAGCAAGCUCAAACCCAACCCAAGAAAAACCAAAAGAACAACACCAUUAAAAAUGGUAGCUGAAGCAAGUUCUACUACUUCGUCUCCGAUCAAAACAGUGGUUGUUUUGGUCCAAGAAAACCGUUCCUUUGACCACAUGUUAGGCUGGUUCAAAACCUUAAACCCAGAAAUCGAUGGCGUAACAGGAUCUGAAUCCAACCCCAUUUCCACCUCCGACCCCAACUCCGCCCAACUCACCUUCCAGGACACCGCUGGCUACGUUGAUCCUGACCCUGACCACUCUUUCCAAGCCAUAUAUGAGCAAGUAUCAGGCAAACCAUGGGACACCAACAACCCGGAUCCGAACCCGGAGAUAAAAAUGAAUGGUUUUGUACAAAACGCUGAACGCACGCAGGCAGGGUUGUCGGAGACUGUCAUGAACGGGUUCAAACCAGAGGCCGUGCCUGUGUUUAAGGAGUUGGUGACGGAGUUCGCCGUGUGUGACCGGUGGUUUGCGUCGUUGCCGGCGUCGACUCAACCUAAUAGGCUUUACGUACACUCAGCUACGUCGCAUGGGGCCAUGAGCAACAACACACAGCAGCUCAUCGAAGGGUUUCCGCAAAAAACUAUAUUCGAAUCACUGGAAGAGAACGGAUAUAGCUUUGGGAUUUAUUAUCAAUCUUUUCCAUCUACGGCGUUUUACAGGACCCUUAGGCGAUUGAAAUAUGUGGACAACUUCCAUCAAUAUGAUCUAAGCUUCAAGCGUCACUGUGAGAAGGGGAAGCUACCUAACUAUGUGGUGAUUGAACCAAGAUACUUUGACAUUUUAACAGCUGCUGCAAAUGAUGAUCACCCGUCUCAUGAUGUAUCAGAGGGCCAGAAGCUUGUAAAAGAAAUCUAUGAGGCACUUAGAUCAAGUCCCCAGUGGAACGAAAUCUUGUUCCUGGUUAUAUAUGAUGAACAUGGUGGCUUUUAUGACCAUGUCCCCACGCCUACCGGAGUCCCUAGUCCUGAUGAUCUCGUUGGUCCUGAGCCUUAUAACUUCAAGUUUGAUCGCCUUGGUUGCAGGGUUCCAGCCAUUAUGGUUUCUCCCUGGAUUGAGCGUGGAACAGUGUUGCAUAGGCCAUCAGGGCCAGAUCCUACAUCCGAGUUCGAGCAUUCCUCGAUUGCAGCAACAGUUAAAAGGAUUUUCAAUCUGAAAGAAUUUCUAACAAAGCGUGAUGCAUGGGCUGGCUCCUUUGAUAUUGUUGUGAACAGAAGCAGCCCAAGAACAGAUUGUCCAGAAAAAUUGCCUGAGCCUGUGAGAAUGAGGGACACAGAUGCAAAAGAAACCGCGAAACUAAGCGAUUUUCAGGAAGAAUUAGUACAGGCAGCAGCAGCAUUGAAUGGAGAUCACCUGAAAGAUAUUUAUCCAUUCAAACUUGUUGAGAACAUGACUGUCUCAUCUGGACUCAAGUACGUUGAAGAUGCCUUCAAGAAAUUCUAUGAUGAUGGCCAGAAAGCAAAGGAAAUUAAUGGAGCAGGGGAUUCUCUUUCAGCUGACGCACAACCUACUAGGACAACAACCAAAACUUUCAUGCAGAAGGUCUUCUCUUGUUUGGUCUGUGAUCAGUGAUAAAAACAACCAUGAUUGUCACAAUCUGCCAAGUUAGUGAAAAUUUGGGUUUGCAUUUGUUCUUUCCACGUGGAGAUUUGAUACAAAGUUAGCCUUGCCUUGGCUAAUUUUGAAGGAUUUAACAAGUUUGUGGGAACCAAAAAAAGUUAAGUCUCCUGUUCUUUCUUGGAUAGGUAAAUCAUAAAUCCAUAUCCGUUUUUCAUGUAACUGUGUUUGUAUUUAUAAUAUUUGUUGUAAUCAAUGUUUUGUGAGAUUCAAAUUGUUUGGCACAUUCAAUGUACUUAGAGUAUAUUUAUA